AUGGUGACACGAUCUGGGGCAAACGGAGAGAGGAAUCAUAAUCCUCCUGAUGGUGUUUCUCCCGACGUUCUCCAGCGGAUCAUGGAUGAUCUCAACGAUCUCCGUCAACACAACCAACAACUUCAGAAUCCACUUACUGAUCUCAACCAGACACAUGGGCAAAGAGAGGGCGAUCGAAGGAUGGCGGAAACGGUAGUAGAUUUCCAACCCUUCACAGAAGAAAUAGCAAACACUACCGUUCCAGACAACCUGAAGACGCUUGUUUUGGAUUCGUAUUACGGCGAUACUGAUCCUAAGGACCAUUUGGUGUAUUUCAACACGAAGAUGGUUAUUGUGGGAGCAUCAGAUGCACUCAAAUGCAAGAUGCUUCCUUCAACUUUCAAGAAAUCGGCAAUGAUUUGGUUUACCACUUUGCCUUCACGUUCAAUUGUGAAUUUCACAGAGUUAUCGGCGAAGUUUUUGUCUAAAUUUUCAACCAGCCGUGCUCAGAAGGUUACACCGGCGACAUUGUUUAAUGUUCGUCAAGGACCAAAUGAAACUUUACAGUCAUAUAUGGGACGAUUUAAUCAAUUGUCUGUUCAUUUGGAGGAUAAGAUGCCAGAAAUUUGCAUUGCAGCGUUUGAGUUAGGCUUAAGGCCUGGGAGUUUGAACAGCAAUUUAAGCAGAAAGCCGGUAGAGACGAUGACACAAUUACGUGUGAGAGUUCAAGGAUUUAUAAGAGAGGAGCAAAGUGAUCAAGUCAAGAAAAACUGCCCGAAUGCGGCGUAUACUGGACAACAACAACAGUUUGAGGCGAAGAAAGGAGCGGUUACCGAUCAGCGUUCAAAAGGAUCGGCCGAACGUGGGGAUAAAGGAUACAAUUACAGGAACCGUUAUGAUAACCGUUCUCAAUUUAAACAUCGUGCUCAACUGUAUGGGACUCGUGGGUAUGGACAUUCGAUGACGUGGACCCGGAAUCAAAAUGAUCGUGUAACACCUUUGGCGGUUAAUUUAACCGAGGCUUUACACACGUGCUUGGAGGCGAAUGUAAUCCGUUUUCCCCGGCAACCAAAACAACCAACAGGCAACAACGUGGAUAAGAGAAAGUGGUGUGAGUAUCAUAGAAUUUCGGGACACGACACUGAUGAUUGCUUCACUUUGCGAAAGGAGAUUGAAAAACUGAUAAAGGCUGGAUGCAUGCAACAUUUAGCUGGGUGA